UCAAAGGAAGUGAAGUUUUGUGUAGCUAGGGAGGGGCUAGUUGUUAAAGUUUUCAAAGAAAAUAGAUCAUUUGAUAGGCCUACUACAAAGGAAAAUGUACAACUUAUCAUUUAGCAAUGGUAAUGUAUAAUUGGUCGAAUUAACUUGGAGAGUCGUUGUGUGUUGCAAAAGUCUUUCGAAGGAGAGCAUCAUAGCGGAACGAGAACGAAUGUCUUAUUUGGCGUUGAGCACAAUAGGUCGGUGCUAAUAGGACAGACAGUGCCAGUGCUGACUCGGCUGUUUUCAUCUUAUUCCUGGAGCUCUGCCAGCCCAAGAGGGUAACUUCAGCAGCACGCAGAGAAGACACACCAAACUUCCAAACCCACCACUUACACACAGACACACACUCCAUCGCACGCAUACACAUUCUCUCUCCACCACACACACACACUCCAUCACACGCUCUCUCUCUCCAACACAACACACACACUUUCUCUAAAACACACACACGCAUACACUCCCUCUCUCUCUCUCUCUCUCUCUCUCUCUCUCUCUCUCUCUCUCUCUCUCUCUCUCUCUCUCUCUCUCACUCAUUCCAACAACCAUGUCCAUGGCUCUCAAACAAGUCUUCAACAAGGACAGGACAUUCCGGCCCAAGCGCAAGUUCGAGCCGGGCACGCAGCGCUUCGAGCUCCACAAGAAGGCCCAGGCGUCGCUGAACGCGGGCCUGGACCUCAAGCAGGCGGUCCAGCUCCCGCACGGCGAGGACCUGAACGACUGGGUGGCCGUGCACGUGGUGGACUUCUUCAACCGCAUCAACCUCAUCUACGGCACCGUCAGCGACUCGUGCACCGAGCAGAGCUGCCCCGUCAUGUCCGGCGGGCCCAAGUACGAGUACCGCUGGCAGGACGAGAACAAGUACCGCAAGCCCACCGCCCUGCCCGCGCCCAAGUACAUGAACAUGCUGAUGGACUGGAUAGAGGUGCAGAUCAACAACGAGCACGUCUUCCCCACCAACGUCGGUACUCCGUUUCCCAAGACCUUCAUGCAGGUAGCAAAGAAGAUCCUGUCGCGCCUCUUCCGCGUCUUCGUGCACGUGUACAUCCACCACUUCGAUCGCGUGAGCCAGAUGGGUGCGGAGGCGCACGUCAACACCUGCUACAAGCACUUCUACUACUUUGUCACCGAGUUCAACUUGACCGACCAUAAAGAGCUGGAGCCACUGAAAGAGAUGACGGCCCGCAUGUGCCAUUGAGAGAGAGAGAGAGGAGACGUUUCACCAGACAGCAGCACUCACAAUCACAAGGACCAUGGGAGCAGAGAUGAUCUUCUUCGAGAGUUUAUUUUUUAUAACGAAUGCACAUUUACUUAUUUAGGAAAAAAUUGUACAUUAAACUUUAUUCCUUACAUGUGCCAGAACGUUUUUUGAACUCAGUAUUUGUUAUUUCGUUUGUGUUCUUCUUGUUGUUGCAGUAUAUGUCUUAUUAUGGUUGAGCUACAUUAAAAGCAAAAUGCUAACUA